CCUUAAAUUUCAGCAGCUUCUGCAGAGACUACAGCCGAGGUAGGAGCAGGUUGUGCGAAUUACAUCUUCCCCUGGCAAAAUAAGAAAGACAGCGUUCAUCAUUUCAGUCGGGGAGGUCGCGAAACGACGUUUGGACCACAGAUAAUAUUAUUACACGUGAGAAAAUAAAACGAAGAUAAAUCUUUUUGCACGAGAUCGCUCAGUUCGUCUAGUUAACUCGUCUGAAAUUCUGUCAGCUCGUUGCGUGCGUCUCUUCGAUCACUUGAGCUUUGCAUUCGGGUUUUGGGAAAAACUACAAAGGAAAAUUAAAGAUGGCCAAGGUGGACUCCCGUUUCGGACAUAAAGACUCUUCGGACCAGAAUUUUGACUACAUGUUCAAACUGCUGAUCAUCGGCAACAGCAGCGUGGGCAAGACCAGCUUCCUGUUCCGCUACGCCGACGACUCUUUCAGCAAUUCUUUCGUCAGCACCGUGGGCAUCGACUUCAAGGUCAAGACUGUGUACCGCAAUGACAAGAGGGUCAAGCUGCAGAUCUGGGACACUGCAGGGCAGGAACGGUACCGGACCAUAACAACAGCCUAUUACCGGGGUGCUAUGGGCUUUAUCCUCAUGUAUGACAUCUGCAAUGAGGAGUCCUUUAAUGCCGUGCAGGACUGGGCAACCCAGAUCAAGACCUACUCAUGGGACAAUGCCCAGGUCAUCCUGGUGGGCAACAAGUGCGACAUGGAUGAUGAGCGAGUGGUGCCAGCAGACAAGGGCAAGCAGCUGGCUGACCAGCUGGGCUUUGAGUACUUUGAAGCCAGUGCCAAGGAGAACAUCAAUGUCAGACAGGUGUUUGAGCGCCUGGUGGACAUCAUCUGUGUGAAGAUGUCCGAGAGCGUGGACACCGACCCUGCGAUGGUCACUGGAGCCAAGAACACCAGGCUGACCGACAACCCUCCCCAGCUGCCCCAGAACUGUGCCUGCUAACCUCUGGCUCUCAGCUCCCCUGCCCAGGUCACCACCUCCCUGGCCCAGAGGACAACCAAGCACACUGCCUCUUUGGGAACAGCUUGUCCAGUUUAAAGACAAAAAAAAACAGUCAUGUAAUGCUUAGGAUUGAAGAGAUAGUUGCACUUGCUCUGGUGUGAAAUAUUGCACAACUGACCUUCCUUUGUCCCUCUUCAGUUACUUACAUUUGAACAGAAGAGUAUAAAAAUGAAGACGUCUUCAUAGCAGUUAUAAUUCUCUCAAAUGACCACACAACGCAGUAGUGCCACAGUCUUUCCCUCCAAUGGGGAGUUCAGCAAGGAAUAUAGUCCCACUUAAAGCAGGGACCGUGUAGCACAAGCGAGAUGCACUAUAAGAGGGGAACCUAUAUAGUGUUUUGAUGUGGUGUGGUGACGUAUCCACUGGAUUUGAAACAUACUACAAUAUCCCUUCAGAAAUCCAUUCAAAGUCACCCACUCUGCUGAAGAAAUUUUUAAAGGAUCUCAUUCCUUUUAAACUUCUGCCUGUGCAGAAUCUGAGUAUUUUUUAUGCACCACUGGGAUCUUAUUUGCUACAACACAUGGAUGCAUUCCCACUUCAGGUCAUGUGAAAGCUGUGAAACUCUAGCUUGCGAAGAAAGCACCAUAAUGGUUUUAAUACUUCAGCUAUAGUCCUAGCUUUAUGGCCAAGGAUCUGAACAGCCAUAUCUAGGCCAAAAUAUUUAUAGGCCUGUAUUACUGGUCAAGAAGUCCUUUGAAUUUUAGACUGUUCACAUCACAUGGGGACAUCAGUCAAGCAUGUCAACAUGUGGACAAGCAGUGCAAUUAUCUUUUCAAGAACCAAAUCAGAUAUAAUGAGUAAAGGUAUAUUAUUAGAUGAUCAGUCAGUAUGUUGUCAUGUACUGUAUGAGUCCUGUUUUACACGUAAAAACAUAUAUAUAUAUAUAUGAACCCAUAUACGUAAUGGGGAAGCACAUAUUUGUUAUAUAUAUAAAAUGUGUACAUGUGUUAUAUAAUGUAUGAAGUAUAUAGUACGGAAAUUUCUGUAGCUUUCUCUAAAUGCCCACUUUAAACCUGGGACAUCAGGAAAAAAUCAAGUUGUUUUAAAAUUUUGUAAGUAAUUUAAGUGUUAUUUUCAGUUCAUGUCAAAAUAAUUCUUUAGGAGGCAUCUGUACCAGUGACUACAAUAUAUACAAAAGUGGCUAUCAAAAUGCAUUUGUAAAACAACCAUUGCUUACUUUUAACUAAGAACAAAGUGUAUCUUCUCUAUCGCAUAAAAUGAGAAACUAUCCUUAAUUUAAACUGUCACACAUUGCAAAAAAUAUUUUAAUUUAAAAAAUAUUACUCUAUUAAAAUUAAUUGUUAAGUAGACACAUUAGAGUUUCAUGGAUACCUAGAAAUCAAACCUUACAGCGUACAGAUUUGAUGUCUUGUUGUAGUGGACUAAUAAAUAGAAAUAGUUUAUGUAAAUGAUGAAGUAAAAUUUGACAUUUUUAAUUUAAUUACAGAGUGAAAUAAAUUGUGAUGGGUUCAGUAAGAUUAGGUAUGCCAAAGCACAGAGACGACAGCUAAAAAAAGCACAAAAGUGUUAUACAAUCAUACUGUAUGUAUAGCUAUUAUGAAUUACUAUACAAUCACAGGUAGGUAGGUUUGCUUCUUUUCCUGCAUUUUUGUUACAAUAAAAAGCAAUCGGCUUUUAA